AUAGGGUUUAACUAUAUGCUUGUUCACAAAGAAGACGACGACACAGUCUGAUAAAACAAGCUUGAUAAACCUGUCAUCAGCUGAACGUGUCCAGCACAGCACUCACAAGACAGGGCUGCACACAGCUUUUAUUCCAGAGUUACCUAAGGCCAGCCAUUUCCAUGGCCCCUGCCUGACCCAGACUCUGAAGAGGACACAGCCUUUGCCAUUGGAACCCAGACCAACGCUACUGACUUGCUGCUCGCCAGCAGCCAUUACAGCACGUGAGCAGAUCAGCACACAAUGGAAAACUAUACCAUUGAUUUGGGUUACAUGCCAACAACAACAUUUGACUACGGUGAUACAGCACCAUGCAUGGGAACAGAGGAAAAGCACUUUGCAGCAAAUUUUCUGCCACCGCUUUACUCAUUGGUGGUGAUAUUUGGCUUCAUAGGCAACAUUCUUGUUAUCCUUAUCCUGGUAAAAUACAAGAAGUUGAAGAGUAUGACUGACAUCUACCUGCUCAAUCUGGCCAUUUCUGAUUUGCUGUUUGUAUUUUCUCUUCCUUUUUGGGCUUAUUAUGCUGCUCACGACUGGAUUUUUGGAGAAGCGCUGUGCCGGAUCCUCUCAGGCAUUUACCUCCUUGGCUUCUACAGCGGCAUCUUUUUCAUAAUCCUGCUGACCAUAGACAGGUAUCUGGCCAUAGUUCACGCAGUGUUUGCUUUAAAAGCUAGGACAGUUACCUACGGCAUCCUCACCAGCAUUGUCACGUGGGCUGUUGCUCUUUUUGCCUCUGUUCCUGGGAUAGUAUUUCACAAAACUCAACAGGAGAAUACACAGUAUACAUGCAGUGCUCAUUAUCCUCCAGAUAGCCUAAUAAAUUGGAAGCACUCCUACAUUUUAAAGAUGAACAUUCUUGGGCUUAUCAUUCCAAUGAUCAUUAUGAUUUUCUGUUACUCUCAAAUUUUAAAAACAUUAUUGAGAUGCAGGAAUGAGAAAAAACAGAAGGCGGUUCGACUUAUUUUUGUCAUCAUGAUUUUUUAUUUCAUCUUCUGGACACCGUUCCAUGUUGCUUCUUUUGUGCACACAUUUCAAACUUCUUUUUUUUCUCCAGAUUGUGAUAGCCAAACCAGGCUGGACGAAACAAUUCAAGUAACAGAAACAAUUUCAAUGAUCCACUGCUGUAUCAAUCCUGUGAUCUAUGCAUUCGUUGGAGAAAAAUUUAGGAAAUAUCUUCAUACAUUUUUCCGUAAGCAUGUUGCAGCUCACCUGUGCAAAAAGUGUCCAUCUCUUUAUCGUGAAAAAUUAGAAAGAGUUAGUUCCACAUUUACAGCAUCAACUGCCGAGCACGACAUCUCUACUGGAUUGUAAAAAUAAUUCUAGAGUCUAGCUAGUGAAUGCUGCAUCUCUUUGCCUGACGAAGUGGACGACAUUGUAGAAGAUCUUUAUGCCAAUUCUUGGGGUUAGUUGCCUGGAUCACACUAUUUUUUGAUGUUAAUCUAAGAGAAACAACCAUUUCCCAUUAACUGUUAGUAUCAUAGCUUGAUCACAGAAUGACUUGUUUGAUUUUGAUGGCAGACCCAUAUUCUGUCCGAUGAACAAAUAUUCAUGGCUUUUACUAGGGAAGAAUAUAAAAUAGAUGAAGGAGCAAUAAGUAAUAUCACAAGAUCUAUUCACAGCCACAUGAACAAUGUAAGACUGGGAGGAGGCUUUGAGGAUUGAUGUACCUGUUCAGUAUACAGCAUGAAUGGAACACCCAGAAUCCUGACUGCAUUUGGAAAUAAAAGUAUUCUUUCUGAAACAGUCA